AUGAGUAGCAGUAUGCAGCCGCAGGUUCCUCCAGGUUUUCGGUUCCACCCGACUGAUGAGGAACUGGUGGAUUACUACCUCCGGAAGAAGGUGGCCUCAAGAAGGAUUGACCUAAACGUCAUAAAAGAUGUUGAUCUCUACAAGAUAGAGCCAUGGGAUCUCCAAGAGAAAUGUAGGAUAGGGCCUGAGGAGGAGCAGAGCGACUGGUACUUCUUCAGCCACAAGGACAAGAAAUAUCCGACAGGGACUCGUACGAACCGCGCAACUGCAGCUGGGUUCUGGAAGGCGACGGGGAGGGACAAGCCCAUCUAUGCCAAGCACUGCUUGGUUGGCAUGAGGAAGACCCUGGUGUAUUACAAGGGCAGAGCUCCCAAUGGCCAGAAAUCCGACUGGAUCAUGCAUGAGUACCGCCUUGAGACCAAUGAGAAUGGCCCUCCGCAGGAAGAAGGAUGGGUAGUGUGCAGGGUGUUCAAGAAGAGAUUACCAACAACAAGAAGAGAUCUAGACCAUGAUGCACCGUGCUGGUACGUAGACGAUGAUGGGCCCUUCAUGCAUGAUCUCAACUCUCCGAUGAGAGGAAUGCCCCCUCACCACAGCAUGGCACUGCAAGAACAACACCUCCACAUGCUAAACAAUACCUACAAGAGAGAGUUCAAGCUACAGUACCAAAUGCCAAACCAUCAUCAUAUUCUCAACACCAUUCCUCAUGAGCUAGAGAGCCCUUCCAGCUUCCAUUCUCUCUUGGCAUCACCAAAUGAUCACCAAAUCAAUGUGCACCAUGCACACCACCACCAUGUUCAACUUAUUGACCAUUCCGUCGACGACCAAGCAGCCACUGACUGGAGAGUACUGGACAAAUUUGUUGCAUCUCAGCUUAGUAACGAUGCAGCCAAGGGUGUAGCCUAUACGGAUGAAGGAGACAUUCUUCGGCUCAAUGAGAAGGUGCAAGAGGUGGCUACUGAUUACGCUUCAACAUCGACAUCGAGCAGUCAAGUUGAUCCGUGGAAGUGA